GUGAGUUGGCCACGCGCCCAACACCUGUGCCAGAGCUGUGAUCAGAACAUGAUUCUAAAUAUAAACCGCGUGUCUUAUCGUGUUUCUCGUACUUUAAAAUGUUGUCGCUACAGAUAUGUGUUGUAUUGAUCCUUCAAUCCUGUCACUCCCAGCCUGUGACGCCCAUGUGCAGUGCGCAUGGACGCACUUUCCAUCCCGGGGACGUGUGGGUGGACGCCAACGCGUGCGACGUCUGCCAGUGUACAGAGUACGGGGAACAGUGUAACGCGGGCUUCCUUGGCACGACGUGUCCCUUCAACAGUACCGUUGCGAGUCCUGGGGACCCGGCCUGCGUGUACGGCUAUACGAGUCAUCUCGUCGGUGACGUCAUUUCGGCUCUAGACGGCUGUAACAAGUGCUUGUGCACCGAGCUGGGUCUGCAGUGCACGGCUAAGGCGUGCGGUCCGAAUGGGUUCGCAAAGCCCAGUUCGGAGCCCCUGUACGGUGAAUGCGAGUAUGAAGGGGGCUGGUACAUGCACGAGACCCAGUGGCGGGCCUCUGACGGCUGUAACACGUGCUAUUGCUACACUGUGGGCAACUACAGGGGCGGCCAUGUCUGCACCACCAACAAAUGCGCAUGUCACGGUAGUGCGAUUAUAGCCGGCUAGAUGCGAAUUCGUGGAAACUGUAGACUAAACCGUGGUUAUAUACACAUUCGUGGAAAGAGUUUCGACAUUAAAACGUCGUUUUAUUAAAACAA